CCGAUCCCCUCAGAGCUAGGAGUGGGGACCAGGGGAGCUGGGAGUUUGCGGCUUCAGCUGCUGCUGCGAGCCUGCGACCUCCGAGGCGGAGCUCAAUGGAGUUAUCCACUCCCGUCGGGAGCUCCCUUGCUAGAACUGCGACCAUGGCCCUCGUUAGCCCCAGCUUCAAGAUAACCAAUCAAAUGUGUGCCAGGGGUAUGCCACUUGAAUGCCAAUUUCCUCAUAGGCUACCAUCUGUAGCUUGUUCAAUGUUGUUAAACACACAACCUUCACAACGAACCAACCAUAAAGAUUGUGGUUUGCUUCAGGUGCAAUGUACAGAAAACCUUAUGCAGUCGCCAGUAUCUUUCAGUGACUUCUCUGUUUCAGUGUGUGCUCAAGAGGAUGGUCUGAUAAAGCUACAGGUAAAUGUAUCUGGCACAAUGACAGAUUCUAUCUUUGAGAAAGUUUUCACAAAGAAUGUUGCCGCCGCUCAACCCCUUCCCGGCUUUCGACGAAUGAAAGGAGGGAAAACUCCAGACAUACCGAAAGAAGUUGCUCUACACUUAAUCGGGCCAUCAAAAGUGAAGAAAGAAACAAUCAAGAAAAUUAUAAGUAGCACGGUUGCUGAGUAUGUUCAAAAGGAGGGCCUGACUGUAUCGAAGAAUAUGAAAGUUCAGCAGAGCUAUGAAGAGCUUGAGGCAGCAUUUGAACCAGGGAAAGAAUUUUGCUUUGACGCAACAGUUCAUUUACAAUAAGCUGAUGACGCAUAAGUGGUGCCACUAGGAUUGAUAACCAGCCUUCUCCAUCAUUAUGACCUCAUUAGUAGUUAAGAAAUAUUUUCAGGUGAAACAGAAUUAGGCAAAAUAUCAUGGUAAUCUUCGGUAGGGCCAUGGGCGUAAUGUAUUUUUUGUAUGGCAGUAAUUCAUAAACAUGGUGAUGUUCUCGUUGAUACAAGGAUCAAAUUAAGUGAGCGGCGCAUGAAAAAAAAUAU